AUGAUGACGGGUCCUCCUCCAAGCCUCUCGCCCAAGCGCAAACGAGAGCCUUCUGAAUCCGAUUAUUAUAGUCCAUCAGCAUCUCCCGUGUCAACAGUGUCUUUCGCCAGUCUUCAAGAAGUUAGAUUUCGAGAAGAAGAAGUUGGGCGCCACAGUCCUCGAGCCGCAGUGGCGGGUCGAUUUGGGGAACUCGCCAUUCGAGGAGAACGUCGAACAAGUCUGGGGCUCCCAAAUGAACAUGUCACCACACGAGGGCCAACAACGCCACCACCACAAGUACUGUCCAUAUCUGAAGAUUUCGAGGCUGGGCCUGGGAUCUGGCUGGGUGACAAUAACAGCAGGCAGCAAACCCUUGAUCAACAGUCCCAAUCGGAUGUGACAAGUCACUAUGCCAUGAAUGAUAAUCCUGACACUCCGGUUGCUUCACCCUCUAAUGGUGAAUCUGCAAUUGCUUGGAAACAACUGCAUCCCGUUUCUCCUUCCAAACACCGCAAACAACGACUUUCGCCCCCCUUGGGAGAAUCCUCAAAAGAAGACCCAUUCACCUGGCAUGAUGAUGAGAUAACAGGCCAUGAUCCCUCAGAUCCCACAGAUGAUGGCUAUGGAAUCAAUGGCGUGGGCUUCAAGCCCACUGCUGCAAUGGCAUGGGCCCGAUCCCAGAAACGACAGAAACAAGUCGCCGAAUGGAAGACUCGAGAAGCUCGAGAAGCUCGAGAAAAGCGCAGAGAAAGAAGAAACGAGAGGGAUGCUCUAAACAGACUUCAUGCCAUUCAGCAAGGCUCCAUUCAGAAACGGGUCAAAUUCGACGUAUAG